AGGAGAGAGUGGGAGUGGAGUGGAGAGGAGAGGCAGCUUCGUUCGCCUUUUUGACCCGACUUCUUAAGAGAAAGAGAGAAGAAGAGGGGUCUCGCUUUCCUCUCUUCUUCUUACCUCUUCUCUGGUUCUUGAAAUAAGGGUUGAGAGCGAAGAAACUUCAUUGUGAAAGCGGAUCGAAGUCCUCCACCAAAUCUCAAGUCUCUUCAUCAAGAGGGGGAGUAUAGAGAGGAACGGUUAAGAGCCGGACGUUUUUUAUAUUUGGUGGUUCUAAGAGGAAAGCGGCCUAGUUUGUCAUGGACGGAGAAGAAUUUCAGGGGCAAAAGGGUGGUUUAUUCUAUGGCCAUUCGAUUUCAAUUUUGCUUGAAGCGGCGGCCUCAGAUGAUCUGAUCAGCUUCAGACGUGCUGUGGAAGAAGAUGGUUCUCACGUUGAUGAGACCAGUUUCUGGUACGGGAGGCUGAUAGGAUCAAAGAAAAUGGGUUUUGAAGAGAGAACCCCUCUCAUGAUCGCUGCCAUGUUUGGAAGUAUUGAGGUGUUGGCUUACAUCCUUGAAACAGGCCUUGUGGAUGUCAACAAGGCUGGUGGUAAUGACGGUGUUGCUGCCCUUCACUGCGCUGUUGCGGGUGGUUCUGCUUCUUCGCCUGAAGUUGUCAAGCGUUUGCUUGAUGCGUCUGCUGAUGUCAAUUCCCUUGAUGCUAACGGGAACCGACCCUGUGAUCUGAUCCCUCCGGCUCUGAAGUUGUCCUCCUACAAUUCAAGGAGGAAAGCACUGGAGAUGAUGUUGAAAGGCUUUGGUUGUGUUGAGGAUGGAUCGGUUUCUUGUGAUGAAACUGAUAAGCAGAAGGAUGAACUGCAACAACUGUUGCAGACUCCCCAAACUCAAAAAGAUCAAACCGAGAAGAAAGAGUACCCAAUUGACUUAUCCCUCCCAGACAUAAAGAAUGGGAUCUAUGGAACUGAUGAGUUCAGGAUGUACACCUUCAAGGUGAAGCCUUGCUCAAGGGCUUACUCUCACGACUGGACCGAGUGCCCAUUUGUUCAUCCAGGGGAGAACGCAAGGCGCCGUGACCCAAGGAAGUAUCACUACAGCUGUGUUCCUUGCCCAGAGUUCCGCAAGGGGUCGUGCCGGCAAGGGGAUGCCUGUGAAUAUGCUCAUGGUGUGUUUGAAUGCUGGCUUCACCCAGCACAGUAUCGAACCAGGCUUUGCAAGGAUGAAACUGCAUGCACCCGAAGGGUCUGCUUCUUUGCUCACAAGCCUGAAGAGCUACGCCCCUUGUACGCUUCGACUGGGUCAGCAGUGCCAUCACCCCGAUCCUCUGGUGCCGGCAUCUCUUCGAUGGACAUGGGGUCGAUGAGCCCUCGGGCUCUUGGCUCCCCUUCUGUCCUGAUGCAUCCUACUUCUACACCACCAAUGUCACCUUCCGCAGCUUGUUCCUCUCCCAUGGGUGGUGCACUGUGGCAGAACCAGCCUAAUCUAGUGCCACCGACCUUGCAGCUCCCUGGGAGCAGGUUGAAAUCCACUUUGAGUGCCAGAGAUUUGGAUUUGGAACUUGAAUUGCUUCGGUUAGAGGGGCACCAUUCCCACCAGCAGCCGCAGUUGAUGGAUGAUAUCUCUACCCUCUCUUCUCAGUCCAGCUGGACCAAUGCCUUGGCCACUGCCGCAGCCUUGGCUAAAUCAUCUGGUGGUCGAAACCCAGACUACAGUCGGCUUGGUGGUCUUAAGCCUACUAAUCUUGAAGAUGUGUUUGGAUCUCUCGAUCCUGCAAUGUUGUCUCAAUUACAGGGUUUGUCACUGAAUGGUCCCGGUUCUCCCCAGUUGCAAUCUCCAUCUGGAUUCCAGAUGCGCCAGAACAUGAACCAGCAGCUCCGGUCCAGCUAUCCCUCCAACUUGUCCUCUCCGGUGAGGUCAUCAUCGUCGUCAUUUGGGCUUGAUUCAUCCGCAACAGCAGCAGCUGUUAUGAAUUCGAGGUCUGCUGCCUUCGCAAAGCGGAGUCACAGUUUCAACAAUCGGAGUCCCGUCACUCGUCCGGCAGGACUAAUUACUCCUGCAAGUCCAAUGUCUUCAACUUUUUCUGAAUGGGGUUCACCAGAUGGGAAGGUGGACUGGGGUAUUCAAGGAGAGGAGCUUAACAAGCUGAGAAAAUCAGCAUCAUUUGGGUUCAGAAACAGUAGCAACAAUAAUGGUACAGCUAUGGUUUCAGCAGCAUGCUCCACAGUUGAUGAACCAGACUUGUCAUGGGUGGAGCCUUUGGUGAAGGAUCCCCACCAGCCUGUGGGUGAGCAGCAACAGAACCAGUAUCAUCUCAACAGUGGGGGUUCUGAGAUGCCAUGGGUGGAGCAAUUGUACAUGGAUCAGGAGCAGAUGGUGGCUUAUUGAAUGGCUCGAGCUACCUAAGUUCCUUCCGCCCUUUUUUCUUAAAAUCUUGUCUUGUUUUUUGGAAUCUUUAUUAAUAUUCGUUACUAGUUAGGGGAAAAAAAGCCCAAAGGGAGAAACUUGAAGAAGAAGAAGAAGAAGAAGGAAGAAUAGCAGGAAGGAAAGGAGUCCUGCUCCUAAAUUUAAACAGGUAAUCUAGCUAUAGGAUUGAAGAAAGGGUUUUAAUUGGAACUUGAUGUAGUAGAAGAAAGAAAA